AUGCCACCAUUCUUCGGCCGAAAAGAUGAGUACGAUGACGAACAGCCGCCCUCUGAACUGGACCGGGAUAUGUGGGACCUUUUAUACAAUGCGCCCAGCUUCAAGAUAGGCCCUUUUCGAGGGCCUGCGAGAUUACCGGCCUGGUUAGAAGCCCUGAAAUUUAACCCCGACGAGGCGGGAGACUCUCAGAAGCGUCCACCCAUGAAAUAUUCGAGGGCAAUGGAAUACCUUAGUGUUGUAUAUGAGAAACCAAUAAAUCGAGGAGAGGGCGAAUCUGAAGUCGCGUAUUCAGACGAUGGUAGCCUCUCGGAAACCGAAGCGUGGUUUGGCUGGCACGUCCCGCCGUGGCGAGACGAAAAUUUCUUUGAAGCUAUCCCAGACCUCUUCACGCUGGACCUCGAUCACCCUACUACGGAAUUCGACGAGUGCAGACGCGCUGACGAUGAAGCUACUCUCCAGUUCUACCAAUCCUAUGGCCUCAAAUGGCCCGAAAGGCUUCGAGAAUCUACGCCAAAUCUUUCGCCCGUAACGGCGCCGUCAGACUUCCCGUCUCUUCCGUCUUCUGUAGAACCGUCAGAGCACUCAGAACCGUUGAAAUGUCUCUAUGACCCGGGUUUCGUUCUUUGCCUCGGUCGAGACGAACCCCUGGGUGUCCCGAGCGUAAAUAACAGAGUUCAUAUCCAAAUCCAGGGUACCCAAAUCCAGAGCGAGGAUACUACCUUCACCAUCAGGUCUUUUUCGUCAGAUGAUCUUAGCUCGGAAAACUUCUCUUCUACUAUCGGGGGCGUUGAAACUAAGUAUGCCAGUGACGGGAUCUGGGACAAGGCAAGAGAGUGUCUUGUAGAGUGUCGCGCGAAUCACGGGAGAUGCCGGCAGCGCGAUGCUUCCUCACGGCAAAGUGCCUUCAAGCCUACCAGAUCUAAGUAUGAUUUCGGUGGUUAUGUGGCACUUAGCUAUUGCUGGGGCGGCAAUAACGAGUACAAGACAACCAGUGCCAACGUUGAGAGCCGUCACAAGGAAGGAUUCCCUAUCAAGGUCCAACCGCAAACAAUCCAAGAUGCCAUCAUGGUUACCAGGACAAUGGGCCUCCAAUAUAUCUGGAUCGAUGGCCUUUGUAUUGUCCAGGAUAACCCCGCCGACGUUAGCCACGAGAUGAGUCAGAUGAAUCAAGUCUAUCAACAUGCGGACUUACUUGUCUCGGCCAGUCGUGCGGCAACGGCAACCGAGGGAUUCCUAGAUGACAUUGUACCCGAGGAGGUCGAAUAUACCGAGCUAAAUUUCUGCGUGCCAUUCAAAUACCGGUUCCGAGGAGAGACGGGGCGCGUGGUGCUCGAGAAAUGGUUCGAAGAGCGUAAUGAUCUGCCGGAAGAGCCGAUCCACUCACGCGGUUGGGCAAUGCAGGAACAUCUGGUAUCCAAGCGGGUAUUGGCUUUUGGCCGGACGGGCAUGAGCUGGCAGUGUUUAGAGGACUCUUUAUUUGGAUCAUGGAAGAAGAGCGCGCUGGCGGAUUCGACGCAGAUGCUGUCGUCUAUGUCUAAUAUGGCUUGUCGCAAUACUGUGUUGCUUGUCGGCGAGGAUGGCCAAAACCUUGUGCAUCGCAUCAUGGCGAAUUAUCCCUGGGAAUUUGAGAAGCCACUCGAGGAAUGGAUCAGACUGCGUGACAACUACUCCCUACGGAAUUUAACGAACUCGAGCGAUAGUCGCACAUUGAGAUUGCCUGCUUUCUCUGCUAUACCGAAACAAUUCGCCCCCUACUUUGGUAACCCGCAAGACUAUAUUGCCGGUCACUGGCGCGCCCAUCUACCCGUCGAUCUGUUAUGGCAAAAUGAUAGGUUGAGCAGAGACCGCCAAGAUACCAAUUUCCCAACCUGGUCCUGGGCUUCGGCUGGAUACACCGAGUCGCCGUUUGACCUUAGUCUUCUACCCAGAGAAAACAUCCCUUACCUUGUCACCGAUGAACACAAUGUCUUUUUAAAGAUCCGCGACGUCGACGUAGUGCUCGCCAAUCCCGAAGACCCUUUUGGUGACGUUCAGCAAGCUCGGCUUCUGCUGUCGGGGCAUUUAAUAAAAGUGCGUCUUCGAUUCGAGAGUAGCGAAGAUGGUAACGAAAUAGCUCCACACGACCUGUUUCCCAAUUGCACUUGGCAUCUUGAUGGGGAGUACCGUAACGCAUCUGCCGAAGAAUUUCACAUGCUUAUGUGUGCGUCGUGCCAUCGCCAUUACUUGCUGGAGGUUAUCAGAGGCGAUGAGACAUCGAAGGGCUUGAUAUUGCAGGAGCAGCACCGGUCUGGGUCUGACGAUAAGCAAAAAACGUUUAUUCGGAUCGGGACAUUUGAGAUACAAUUAUGGUUGUAUCAAGAUCAAGACGACCAAGACGACCAAGACGACCAAGACCCACAAUCAGUGUACGAUGAUGAUAAUUCCGAGUACGUUAUCGACUAUAAGUUGAAUGAUUGGGGUGGAGACCUCCUAACCCACCCGGAUGAAAUUAAGAAGAGGAACAACAACGAUCGUAGUCAGCCCAGAAAUAGCGUCAUCAAUGAUAUUGAUGAUGAUGGCCUACACGAAGACAAUGUCAUAAUAGGUCUGGGGGAAAUUGACGAUGAUAAUAGUAGCGUCGCAAGUGAUUCUAGUAGCGCUCAAGUCAAGAUGAAGUCUAACGUGGAUAUUGAGUCUCAGGCCCCGACUGUCCUCGACGACUCGAGCGAUCGCAAAUCAGAAAAGUUCGAGAACGGCUCACCCGAGAAUGGAUAUACUUCGGAUCCGGCGUCAGAGCAAGCUGAGAACACGCCUCCCUCUGGCCCUGAUCCAAACGCGUUCCCAGAUGGAGGUUUUGAGGCAUGGUUCUGCAUUGCUGGUGGAUUUUGUACAGUUUUCUCCAGUUUUGGUUGGGUGAAUUGUAUUGGUGUUUUCCAGGACUAUUAUCAAGCCAAUCAACUCGCAGCCUAUACGCCUAGCGAUGUGUAUGGAUACCAGCCGCAGAAUCAUUCAUGCUUUUCUUCCUCGUGGGACCAUGAUAGUACGCCUUUUUUAUUUGCUCUAUUGCUAAUCAUUUCACAGGGUUUAAUUUCUGGCAAAGUAGCUGACAACUAUGGCCCACGAUGGCCACUGCUUUUCGGAUCCAUUCUGCAUGUUUUAGGAAUGAUGAUGAUCUCGAUAUCUAAAGAGUACUACCAAUUCUUCCUUGCUCAGGCCAUAUGCAGUGGAAUUGGAACCAGUUUUCUAUUUUACCCUACUAUUGCUGCGGCCGGAACUUGGUUCAAGAGACACCGAGCAUUGGCAUUCGGUAUCAUGGUCUCUGGAUCUAGUCUUGGCGGCGGCGUGGUGCUUCCAAUUAUGGUUCAGCACUUGAUUGUGGAGGUCGGCUUCGGAUGGGCAAUGCGUAUUGUUGCUUUCCUCAUCCUUGGACUUCUGAUCUUCGGCAACAUUGCGAUCAAGUCCCGUCUCCCCCCUUUACCGUACCUACUUCUCGCCGUAGGUUCCUUCUUCGUCUACUUCGGUGCCUUCCUCCCGUUCAACUUCAUUAUUGUUGAGGCGAAGGAAGCAGGCAUGUCGCCCGACCUUGCGAACUAUCUUGUUCCGAUCAUUAAUGCGGCAAGUAUUUUUGGAAGAAUCUUCCCGGCUCAUCUUGGAGAUGUAUACGGAGUUUUCAACGUCUGCAUUAUCUUCACGCUUUUCUCUGGAAUCAUCACCCUUGCUCUGUGGCUCCCAGCGGCUGCGGUUGCUCCAAUUAUCGUCUAUGCGGUACUGUAUGGAUUCGCUUCGGGAUUAACACUAGCGAUCAUCCCCGCAUUGGUGGCUUCCAUAUCUGAUAUCCAGAAGUUGGGCUUCCGAGUUGGCACACUGUAUGCUUUCUCCUCAUUCGGAGCCCUAUUCGGCAGCCCUAUCGCUGGAGCCAUUGUGACUGCCCAGGGCGGCGCCUAUUCUGGCCUCAAGAUCUUCUGUGGUGUCUCACUGCUUGUAGGUGGCGCGGCUAUUAUUUUCUCGCGUGUUAGAUUGGUAGGUCCUAGACUACUAGUCAAGAAAUAA